AUGGACCCCAACGACCAACUUGCUCUGCGUGUGUUCAAGUGGGCGAAGCGUAAAAACUUCAGCUAUGCCACACGGGUCCUCCUCUUGGAGUAUGGACUUGGAAUCCCUGUCGAGCGGCCUCUCAUUCCGGACAUCCGAUUUGACCUGAACAUGCGGGAUGCAGAUGAGCUGCUCUCCUAUCGAUUUGAUGUUCGUGGAGUUGUUGAGCUGACGGACUUGCUCGGGAUCCCAAAUGUUGUGAUCACAAGUGCUCGUGACCGUGUUGUUGGUGUUGAAGCCUUGGCAAUUUUGCUUCGACGCCUGCGUUAUCCGAUCACGUACUACAAUAUGGUGGCGUCAUUUGGGAGAUCCCGGGAACAAAUCUGUCGCAUUUUCAACUACAUGUACUGCGAAGCCAUUCACAAUAAAGGAGCCCCGCUGACCAAAGUGUGGGCUUUUCCCGACGGCACCAAAAUUGAAACAUGUCGAAUCAACGCAGCGUCGCGCGGUGCAGAGGGCCUCAACUUGCAAAAGCGAAUUUAUUCCGGUCACAAGCGACGCCAUUGCUUGAAUUUUCAAGGCCUGACAACGCCGGACGGACUGUGCAUUCAUUUCUUUGGUCCCUUGGAGGGCAGCCGCCAUGAUGUGACACUGCUGCGCGUCAGCAAAUGCAAGAGUUUUUCGCAUCCCACGAAUACAUUUUCGGUGGUUAUUUCAUCUACGGCGAUCCAGCAUAUCCAAUCUCGAAGUGGAUAA